AUGAAUUUCAGUGGUUUUGGGACCGAUGUCAUUGAUGUUGUCGAGGCACGAAUGAUACUUCGCAUCGUUUCCAAGGAUGGCUGGUAUAGCGAAACAUUCGAUUCCUACAAACAUAUGGAUUUAAACCAAUGCAUUUUAAUGUUUUGCACAGAAUUUCGCUCAGUAGUAACGGAUCUCCAAAUCGAAUGUACGGACGAUUUCGGUGGUCUUGAUGACCCCUUUCCACAUUAA